UCGUAAUCAGGAUAUUGGAUAUUGGAUACUGGUUUAUCGCAGAGAGGGUCUUAUAAAUUUGUACGUUAUAGUAUUUCGCUGAGAUGUCUGAUGAUGAUACCACUGAUGGGCCUCAUGUAUUGUCAGAGUCGGAAGCACAAGAUGUACAACAUUUACAGGAGAUAGCAGGAGGAAUAGGAUACGUUGAUGCUUUAAAGCUUUUGGAAGAAAGUUCUUGGAAUUUAGAGCGUGCUGUUCAUAAAUUAAUGGGAUUUGAAGAGUCGAGUGCUAGACAUCGGAGCAACAACUCGCGAGUGCCUUCUGUCCCUCACGUCGAAUUAGUUCCACCCAAUCAGCGAGUAUUAAGAGCACGAGAUAGUGCUCAUAGUUGGCUAUGGUCUACAGCUCUGUUGCUACUAGAGCCAUUUCGGGUAGGAUACAAUUUAUUUGCGGGAAUUUUCAGGUUUUUCGGUGAGUUUUGUUUCUCACGUCAUUUGUUAUUCGUUAUGUAUGAGGAAUUGAUCAUCGUGGUAAAGAAACAGAUGUAUUUUUUAAAAACAGAUUUUAAUUUCAAAAGCAUAAACAUGUUUUGUGUAGUGUAGUUUUAAGCCCUUAGGCUUCAUUUAUGAAUCUCCAUUGUGCACAACUAUGGCAAAAGCAAAGUUUGUGUUAAACUACUGAAUUCUAACAUGAAAACCGCCUGUUCCUCUUUCCUUUGGUCUGACCCACGAAGUCAAGUCACUGAUCCAAUAGGCGAUGUAAGGAAAUUCAUUCAACAUUUCAAGACAACUUAUGGACAUGCCAAUACUGGUAGUAAUUUGACUUCAGCUGACGAUCCCACUGUGAAUUCGUAUCCACCCUUCUUUGAGGGGACUUAUGCGGAUGCUGUUCAAGAGGCCAAACAAAGUUUACGAUUUCUGAUUGUUUACCUGCAUGCAGAUUCACAUGAAGAUACUCAUCGAUUUUGCAAGGAAACCCUACAAUGUGAAGAAGUUUUGCGAUUUCUUCGGAAUUCAGAUGAGCUGUUAUUUUGGGGUUGUAAUAUUGAAUCACCAGAAGGAUAUCGUGUAUCACGGACUCUUCGAGAGCACACGUAUCCAUUUAUGGGAGUCAUUGGCCUGACAAAUAUACCAAUUUCAGAAAAUGGGAUUUAUUCAGGAAGUACCACCCGAAUGGCCUUAUUAGGACGCAUAGAAGGUGCUCUAGAAUCUUCAGAAUUGGUUGGUCAGUUGAAUAGUAUAUUAAAUGAGCACCAAACAGCCAUAGUUAAUGCUCGAUUAGAUCGGAACGAGCGAGAGAUAAAUGCUCAACUGAGGCGUGAACAGGACUUAGCAUAUGAAGCUUCACUGGCGGAAGACCGUGCCAAAGUAGCUGCUCGGGAAGCUCAACAACGGAGUGCUGCUUUAGCAGCUGAACAGCUGGCUAGAGAAGCUAAGCGCAAAGAGGACCUACAAAAUGCCCACCAAAAACGUAAACUUGUUUGGCAGCGUCGUCUACCUCCACAACCCAAGUUUCAAGAGGGAUCUACUGUACAGCUAUCAUUCAAGAUGCCACAAGGUUCCAGGGUUUCCCGUGUUUUUAAUGUUAAUGAUUCUAUUAAGAUGCUGUACUAUUUUGUGCUGUCUCAAGAAGAUUCACCGACGGAGUUUGAGAUACAGUCCAAUUUUCCUAAACGUGUUUUGCCAUGUCAACCUUCCGAAGAGUCUGAUAUAGAAGACUACAUUGACAAUUCGGACCAUAAAGUGGAUUCUCUUGAAGAAUUCGAAGUAAUUACAGACUGGCGUUCUAAAAGUCAGGAUGAUCCACCGUCAUUUCUUGAAGUUGGCUUAACAAAAUCUGAAUUGUUGUUUGUUUUGAAUAAGAAUGCAUGAAGCUUUUCCAAAUCUCGACGCAAAGAUGUAAAGUUAUCCUCCGCCGAGUAACAACAGUUUCUCCGUAUCCCUUCGUGUUCAAAACUAACCACUACACUUCACCCGCGUAAUCAGGAUUUCUGUAAUGUAAACACAAGUUUUACUCCACUCCUCCCUGAAAGCUUUCGUUUACACUGAAUUCGUGUUGUUAUCCUUCCUCUGACUUUAUUGUCUUUAAUAUAUUUAUAGUGUUUACCCUUAAGUGUGAACAUGCAAAACAUUCCUUUCAGACACAAAUGCACGUGUUUAGUUCCUUUCUUAAUAUUAGCUUUAAAGUCCCACUUGAAUCAAUCUCUUAUGGAAAAAGGGACUACCGCUGUUUAUUACUAAUCAUUGUGAUCACAUGUGUGUAAAGUCUUUCCCUUUUUUUGAAACAACUUUCACAAGUUUUAUGUAAAUCAAUUUGAGUAACACUAUUUUUGUUUUGUGAGUGGCGAAAUAACCAUUGUAUUUUCUUUGUGUACAGUGCAUGCACCGAGGAACUACUUAUAUUUUCAUGUUUUCUGAGGCAUUGUAAAUUGGCUUUUGUUUUAUUGGUUGUUUUAUUCAUUCGUUUUUUCUAGGUGGUUACUUCACAACGAGUUACCAGUUAAAAUACCUUGUUUGUAAUCGAAUAAUCUGUACCGCUUAUCAAAGCUGUCAGAACUGGAUACGGUGGUACUCUUUGGUAGAUGGUAAACAUUAUUUAAAUCGUUCAUAUUCACCAUUCAACUAGUUUUCAACUUUGUCCAUGCUUUAUAAUUGAGUCAAAAAAGACCUAAUUGUUUUUAUUCUCAGCUAUACAACAGCAUGAUUUAUGUACAUAAAAAUUCUCGAACAUUUGCGGGAAUAGUUCCGUCUUUUAGAUACGAUUCAAGGCUGCGUUUCUUGAGUCCUUAUUCUUGGUUGGAACGAUAGUGUGACUUCGAAAGAUGAAUGAUUAUCUCCUUUUCUUGCUUAGUGUAAAAAUCAAUUGAUAGAAAGCCCCAAAAAUUAGUCUUGCUUUCGCUAUCUCUCAAAAACACCGUUAAAAUAACAAUUAUUUCGACUACUUA